GUGCGAGGCUACCGCAUUGGGCGGGUCUCCAUAAUCACAAGAAUGGAGUCGAUCGGCGGGCAAACGUUUCAUUACACGCUUUGAAAUGAAAUUUCCCACGGGCAGUUUUUAAUUAUUUCAUUUCCCUGCCGCCGAUGAUGACCAGAUACUGUGAAAGGCCAUUGGCUUGUGUAAAUUUAAGGACCACACGAGGGGAUGUCCCAACGAGAGUAAAUGUGAGGUGAGGAUAAAGAAGGGCCCGCCGUCGUAGCCGUACAGCUUCGGGGAAAAGUGGGUAGCGCCGCCUGACGGACCGCCCGACGAACCGGGGAGCCGCCGUCAGGAAACCGCGGUGCCGAGAAACAGCUGACACAAGACUAUACACUCGCACCCCUGUAUCAGCAUGGCUGAGCAACAGCAGGAGGCAGAGGAUGUGUAUGUGGAGCACCAGUAUAUGUGCAGUGAGUGCCAUCAGCUCUUCAACACCCUUGAGGAUGUGCUGAUCCACCAGCAGAUCCACACUGGCCAGGAGGGGGAAGGGGAUGUAGGGGAGGCCAUGACCAUCCAUAGUGUCCAUGAGAUGGGGCAGACACAACAGUACCAGUGUCUGGAGUGCGGGGCCCUCCUCGUGAACCCAGAGGAGCUGCUGCAGCACCAGGAGAUGCACAUGAGGGAGGCAGGGAUGGAGUUGGAGCAGCAAGGGCUGUGUGAGGUUUUGGAAGCGGAGGAAGUAGGAUCGGAGUCUCAGGUGUCAGGGCCUGUCCAGUACCAGUGUCUUGACUGUCUGGCUCUGUUUGACUCACCUGACACCUGGCUAGAGCACAGACGCACCCACAGCAGGAGCAGCACACACAGUAAUACAGAGACCAUGGAGUAUGUGCUACAGCCUGAUGGCACCGUCACUCCUCUAAACAGUAUGCAGAACUACGUACUAAGUGAGCAGCAGGCUGGGGAGAUCUUAGCACAGGUACUUGCCCAGCAGCAACAACAGCAGAAAAAAAGGCAAUCCGUCCCCAAACUUGCACCCUCUCGUUCCGCCUUGCUGCCUCCAGUGACAGCCACCCCAGGCUCGGCCACCAUGCACCUGCAGAUCCUGACAGCUCAGGCUCUGGCCGAUAACUCCAACAGCUCAAGUCAGCGUCGCUCCAAGCUGCCCCCUCUGCUUCCUGCCAUGGCCAGACAUUCUGCUGCAAAGCUGGGGGUCCUGGAAAACGGCGUCCAGAGACUUGAGUUAAGGUUGGCCCCCGGCGUCCAGGGCGACACCCAGCAGCAGCAAACAGAGGUGGUGGUCAUCCACCCUUACGAGUGCUCUGAGUGCUCCCUUCUCUUCCAGACCCCAGAGGACUUCCUCCAGCACCAGGGGGAGCACUUCCUGGGUCAGGACAAAGAAAGCGGAGAGCCAGGCGUCAUGGGGGGCUUUGAGGAGGUGCGAGGGAAGGAGGAGACAAUGGAAAGGGUGGAGGACAUCCGGGUCAGAGUAGUAGAGAAGAGAGCAACGGCCUGGGCAAGACCCCAACAGUGUGAGCUCUGCAACCGCACCUUCACAUCUGUUAACCGACUGGCUGCUCACAAGCGUGUGCAUGAGCAGGGAACGCAUGAAUGUCCAGAGUGUGGCAAGGUGUUCAAGAAGGCUACAUCCCUGCAGACACACAUGCGCACACACUCCGGGGUAGCCAGGUACCUGUGUGUGGACUGUGGCAACGGCUUCACUACUGAGAUGACUCUUAUCAUGCACAGGAAGUCCCACACUGCAGACCCGCUUCACAAGUGCCAGUUCUGCAACAAAACCUUCACUAACAUGACCAAGUACCUCUACCACCGUAGAACCCACCUCAACCGUGAUCCAUCAGGCACAUCUGCCCCCGUCUCAACGGUCUCAGCUCCAAGAAGAGCAUCUCUCUCUGCCCUCGCUAUUCUACAGAGAGCAAGAGAGAAGAAGAAUUCCCAGACUGCUGAGGUCAACAUUAACCUGCUGGCCCCUCUCACCGAGGACGAGAUGGAAAAACUGGGAGAAGAGCCAGUAGAAAGCUCUCAGAGCAAAGAGGGAGGAGGUGAAGAGGAGCAGCAGACUGAGGAGGACACCAUGGAGUUGUCUGCUCCACCUGAAGUCAACACUCAAGACCCCAAGCAGGUGGAGGAUGCCACCAAAUCUGUUUCAGCUACAGACUCUGCUUCCCUGGAAAACACAGGUGUAGGAGGUACUCCUGGCCCUGCUGACUCAGCAGAAGUGGCUCCAGCUGCAUCAGACAAAGGAUCUUUUUCUUGUCGCUCGUGCUCGAAAACCUUCCCCUCCCAGCUUCAGCUAGUCCACCAUCGAAGGAAGUCCCAUGUCACAGAGCGAACCUUUGUCUGCGGCAUCUGUGGUAAGUCCUUCAAGAAGCAGAUCCACGUACGCAACCACAUCCGCACUCACACUGGCGAGCGGCCCUUUCAGUGUUCUGACUGCGGCAAAACCUUCUCAUCUCUGGCCAAUCUGAUGAGGCACAAUCUCGUCCACUCGGGUGUGCGACCUUACCGCUGUGACGUCUGCCACCGCUCCUUCUCUCAGUCCUCCAAUCUACGUCAGCACAGUCUGCUGCACUCAAACUCUAAGGCACUGAGCUGCCAGGACUGCCCCGCCACCUUCCGCUGGCCCACCAAGUUAGCAGCACAUCGCUACACCCAACAUCCAGGGGCCCCGGCCCCUUUCCCAUGUCCCCACUGUGAGGCCGGCUUCCUGACAAGAAGGCAGAGAGACAGCCACUGUCUGGAGCAACACCCCACACAGAUGCAGACAGGUAAAGGCACACACAUGGAAAAAGAGACAUUAAGUCAGUCCGAGGUGGGAAAAGAUUUGACCUCAGAGCCCUCCACUUCAACUCCACAGGAGACAGAAUCCGGGGAUUCAGCCACUCUCUUGCGAGGAGGUCUAGAUUGCAACAUUUGUGGGAAGAAGCUCAAUUCUCCUGCCAAUCUGCGACUUCACAGACUUAGUCACUUUGCUCUAGGCCCCGGGCGGCCACGCUGCACUACAGGGAAGCGGCCCAAAGCCUAUCAAUGUACCAUUUGUGGCAAACUGUUUGUGUCUUCUUCAGGAGUGGUACUUCACCAGCGAGUCCACACUGGCGAGCGCCCUUUCCCCUGCCAAGUAUGCGGCAAGCGUUUCCGUCAGAACACACACCUCCGCGAGCACUUGCGCACGCACUCGGGCGAGCGGCCAUUCCGCUGUGAGAUAUGCGGAAAGGGUUUCAUCCAGAGUAUGCACCUGGCUGAACACCGCCGGACACACACGGGAGAACGGCCACACGCAUGUCCGCAGUGUGGCAAAGCCUUCAAGACCUUUUCCAACCUGAGGAACCACAAGAAAACCCACGCCCGGCAGCAAAGGCUGGAUGAACAGGCUGCUGGCAAGGCUGCCAUGGAGACCAGCACUGCUGUGGCUGUGGUUGAUGCUUCAGUGGUGCAAGUAGCUAAUGGGCAGCCUCAGGUGAUCCAGAUCCAAGCCUCAGAUCUUCAGCAGGGACAGGGCACCCCUACCAUCAUGUGUAAUGAGUUUGGUGAGACCAUAGCAAUCAUUGAGACCAGUGAGGGCGGAGCACUCCCUCUGGAGCAGGCCUUGGAGAUCUAUCACACAGCUUUGGAGAACGGCCUCGCCAUGGACACUCUGGAUGGACUGCAGAUCCUCUGAGGACGAUUUUUUUUUUCUGUUGCUGAAUUUGAAGAUGGUACAUGUCUUAACACUGCCUAAAACUAAGUGUUCAGUAAUGAUUAACAGGAACCGAAUAAUUAAGUACUGGACAUAUUUAGUUCACCAAACAGGCCAAAGUAAUUUGACUUCCCUCUUUUACAAAGCUAACUGGGAUCAGUAUUCAAUUUUAUUGAAAUGAUGCUUUCUAAAUGUAUAGAUAUGGGAUUCAUCAGGAGUAAGGACCAUUGCUUGUGCCUCAGAACAUAUUUGUAUGAUUAAUUUUUUAUCAUUUAUAUGAUUUGGAUGUGAUUUUUUUUUUCCUGUUUGAAGGCUCUGUUGGCUGAAGAAGUAUCCUGUUGUAAAUAUGUGAUCAAUAAAUGUUUUUUUUUUCCAC